UCCUCCUAUCGAACGGCGCGGUCAUCCCCCGGAGACAGCAAGAGGAAUCAAGAACAUAACAGUAAAACAAACCAUACCUGCUAUCGCGAUCACCUGUGGCUUUGACUAGUCAUGGCGAGUCCGUUGCAGUUUGCCUACCGGACCCAGAAGGCCAUCGGCGUCUUCGAUGCGGCGCCUGUCUACGAAGCGCUUCCUGGGUUCGCCAAGCCCGAAGGGAACCUCCGGUGCUGUGUCUACUCACCCUGCGGCCGCUACUUCGCAUACGCCUCUAACGAGGGUGUCGUUGUCGUCGAUGCCUCGGUUGGCCAUGUGUUGACCUCACUCCCCAUUGCCAACGUAUACGAGCUCGGCUUUUCUCCCCGAGGUACUUACCUGAGCACCUGGGAGCGCCCUUCCAAGGACGAAAAUGGCGACGCCACCAAGAACCUCAAGAUCUGGCGCACCAUUGAGGACGUUGCCGAGGGCGCCGAGCGGCAGCCACUUGGCAAGUUCGUCCAAAAGUCACAGUCGGGCUGGAACCUCCAAUACACGGCCGAUGAGAAAUACUGCGCCCGCAUGGUCACCAACGAGGUGCAGUUCUACAGCAGCAGCGACCUGUCGACCGUCUGGAACAAGCUGCGAGUUGAGGGCGUGGCUGAUUUUGCCAUCGCCCCCGGUCUCAACCACAACGUCGCAGUCUUUAUUCCGGAGCGCAAGGGCCAACCCGCUGCCGUCAGGGUCUACAACGUGCCCUUGUUCAACAGUCCGAUUUCGCAGAAGACUUUCUUCAAGGGCGACAAAGUACAGCUCAAGUGGAAUGCUCUAGGCACGAGCCUGAUUGUGCUGGCACAAACAGACGUGGACAAGUCGAACAAGAGCUACUACGGCGAGACGACCAUGUAUCUGCUGAGCGCCAACGGGGCGUUCGACGCCCGCAUCACUCUGGACAAGGAUGGGCCGAUCCACGACGUUGCCUGGUCCCCCAAUUCGACCGAGUUUGGUGUAAUCUACGGUUUCAUGCCCGCCAAGACGACCAUCUUCAACCAUCGCGGCGUGGCCAUACACUCCUUCCCCAUUGGUCCCCGCAACACCAUCAUCUUCUCGCCCACCGGCCGUUUUGUCUUGGUCGCCGGGUUUGGCAACUUGGCUGGCCAGAUCGACGUCUACGACUUGGAGAAGGAUUACCGCAAGAUUUGCACCAUUGAGAGCGGCAACCCCAGCGUUUGUGCCUGGAGUCCUGACAGCCGUUACAUCAUGACGGCGACGACAUCCCCGCGUCUGCGCGUGGAUAAUGGCAUCAAGUUGUGGCAUGUCAGCGGCGCCAUCAUGUACAAUGAGGACAUGGUCGAGCUGUACAACGUCAUGUGGCGCCCCCUUCCCGCCAGCAGCCUCCCCGGGGGGGACCCCUUACACCCGGUGCCGACCCCGCACGCCUCGGCCGUGGCGUAUCUCGGAACGGUCAAGACUCCGUCCAAACCCGUGGGCGCUUACCGGCCACCAGGCGCUCGCGGCGCCAUGACUCCUCUGCACUUCAAGCGCGAAGACGAGGGUGGUGCGGCCCACACGGUCAGCAACGGCACGCCCUCUAUCGGCCCCAACGGAUUUGGCCGGCCGCGGCACCUGGUUCCGGGAGCUGAGCCGGCGAGUCGGCCGCCCGUUCCCGGUGCGGUGCCUGCCGAUGAGGGCAACGCGUCCAAGACCGGGUCCAAGAAGAAGAAGCGGAACAAGAAGGCAAAGGAAGGAGAUGCUGCGAAUGCUGCGGCUGCGGGUGGGACCGCUACCGAGGGCGGUUUGGCGCCCUCCCCUCGCGAGUACGGCAACGCCUCGGGCAACGAGGGUCGCAGCCCUGACCGGCGCGGUCACCACUCCCGCAGCCGCUCGCGUCAGAACAACGGCAACCGCAACAGCAGCCGCCCGGCUAGCCGCCCGGCUCCAGCGGCAGCUCAAGGCGGAUCGCCAGUUCCGCCUGCUGUUGGCGGUGAUGCCAACGGUGCCGACGCUGCUGGUGCUGCUGCCUCCGCCGCGCCGGCUGCGGCGGCGGCGGCGGCGGCGAACCCCAACGCCAAGAAGAUCCGAGCUCUGCAGAAGAAGAUCCGCGCGAUCGAGGAUCUCGAAAUGAGGCUCGCAGGCGGUGAGAAGCUGGAGGACACGCAGAUCAAGAAGAUCAACACCAAGAAACAAGUGCUAGCGGAGCUGGCGGCGCUGGGAGAGCAUCCUUAGGCUGUGUGUCGUUGCUCUUGUUAACGAGCGACGUGAAUGGAUCCUGGAAGGGUAAAGUAUCGCAGGGC